AAGAAAAUGGAUAGGUUAAAAUUGCAAAUAGGACAAAUAAAUUGCAAACAAAAUCAUGUCACACUUCACAUUCACAAUCAACAGAAGAUAAAGAAGAAGAUAAAGAAGAAGGGGAGGAGGAAAGGAUCAGACCUGCGAUUAAUGGCAGUAAUAGCAUCCAGUAAUCGACAGUCAGUGCAGUUGAGGAUUUGCAUCUCCCUUUCUCUUCUCUGCAAUCUAUUUAAACUCAUUACGCGUGCUUUAGAAGCAAUGAUUAUGAGUGAUCAAUGGGCACAAUACCAAGAAGAUGACCAAGGCAAAACUAGAUUUGUUUGUGAAAAAGUGGCGGAUCAGCAUUGGUGGGAACAGAUUGAUUAUAUUCUUGCUUUUAUUGGGCCCAUUAUGACAUGAUUAGAGUUUGUGACACAGAAAAACCAUGCCUUCAUUUGGUUUAUGAGUUGUGGGAUUCUAUGAUUCAAAAGGUGA